UUUUCUUUUUUUCUUCUUCUUUCUCUCAACGGAAGAGAAAAAAAGAAAAAAAAAAGAAGAAGAAAUGGAGUCGAAUAAAACCUUUCGGAUUAUCGUGAUCGUCACGGUUUCUACUUUGGCCACGAUCUUUAUAACCCCCGUAGAAUCCAAAUACGUCGGCGCGAGAUCCCUACUCCAUGUGUUUCCACCUUCCGAAUCAGAAUCUCGAUCUCCUGCACCAGCUCCCGGACAAGAAGUUAUGAAUCCGAUCACUAGUCCGGCUUAUUCUCCGGCUGAUGAGACAGAUAUUGACUCUCCCGCGGCAUCACCUGAAGCUCCCACCCCGGCGGCUGAGACAGAUAUAGACUCUCCCGCGGACUCACCUGAAGCUCCCACCCCGGCUGAGACAGACAUCGACUCUCCCGUGGCAUCACCUGAAGCUCCCACUCCGGCGGAGUUAGACAUCGACUCCCCCGCGGCGUCACCAGAGGACUCGAAUCCACCGUCUGAGGAAGAUGAUCUCGAGACUUCUUCUUCUCCUUCUCCAUCUGCACUAUCUGGAAUCGACGUUUUGAGUUCGGCCAAAAACAUUUUGAAUACGCCAUUGUUGUCUCCGGAGAUCAAAACCAUCUGCGGCAAAACCGACUUCCCUCCGUUAUGCGAAUCCUCCGUUAGUCCUCUGUUAACCGCUCAGCUGAAACCAGACGUUUCCUCCGUCCUCGUUCUCGCGAUCCAAGCUUCGAUCAACGCCACCAAGGCGGCGAUGGCCAUCGUAGAAAAAGUAGCCGCGGAUGAUUGCAAGGAGCUGUACGACGACGCCCUUGCAAAUUUGGAAGACGCGACUAACGCCGUUAAGUCACGUGACAUUGCCACCGUUAACACUAAUUUGAGCGCGGCGAUGACGGACUACAGCACGUGCAACGACGGCUUCGAGGAAGCGGGAGAGCCUAACCCGUUGGCUGACGUGGGCGGUAAGCUUACGAAGAUGGUUAGUAACUGUCUCGCUAUCUCUACGUUGAUCAAGUGAUAAGAUACGACGGCGUUUUGAAUCGCUAGAGAUCGAAAACUGUAAAGUGUUGUUUUCUUUAAAUUUGAGUUGAGCCUUGGACGGGUUUGAACGUCGUUUUCGAAAUAUCCAAAAUUCCAAAAUCAUAUUUUAAAGAACGUGAGAGAGCUUUUUAUUAGGCUUAUGUAUGGUGUAAUGUUUAACCAGAGAUAGAUCAUGCAUCAUCUAUCUACUAAUUGUUGUAUUAUCAUAUGUGGAUGUCAAUUUCUCGUAAAAACAAAGUGAUAUAUAUACGUAAUUGUAUGUUGACCAUAAACAAAGCGAC